AAUCAGCAACAGCAGCCAAAUUUCCAAGUAUCUGCUUCUGGUCAGCUGCUGCAACAGGCGCCGCUGGUAGGCCAGCCACAGCAGACAGCGCAACCAAUGCAGCAUGUGCUGCAACCGUUAUUUAACCCAGCUGUUGCUGAAGUUGCAGAGGAGCCCGUGUCAUUGGCCGCCACUCAUCCUCACCUGUUGCCGAGCGAUAUUCAAUCUGACAUCAAACAUAAUCUAGACUCAUUGGUGAAUCAGUUGUGCAAUACGCGUUUGGGCACAAAUCAACAUCAGCGACUGUUGCUGCUGCGGCAACGACAGCUGAUUGAGGAAGACGAGCUGCGUCUAAAGCACUAUGUGGAAUACGAAAAGUUUCAAAAGGCACUGCGCCAAUCUCUAAGCACAAACGCUCCAGCAACUACCGCGUAUUAUUCACCAGCUGCUGCACCGGUUCAAACCAAUUUGACAGCGCCAGCAGCAGCGGCACCGCCAACAGCAUCGUCAACUACUACACCCGCAAGCUCUUCACAAACAUAAAUAUGUAAAUCCAUUUUUUGAGUUGCCGUUGCCGUUCCUCGUAUUCAUGACAAGUCAAACAAAAAA